AUGGAACAAGCUCAAAAUGAGCCAUUUGUACCAGAGAGCGCUAUAGCGGCAGGUGGAGUUACAUUGUUGACUUUGGAGAACUGGGAAACUGUAAAGACAACCGGUUAUGGGGGUAUUCCUUGUCCGGCAGGGCAUUACUGUCCAGCAGGUGCCUCAGAACCCAAACCCUGUCCCACUGGGAGCGUCAGGCAGGAGACCCUGGGCCGGUGGGAGGCUGACUGCUCUCUCUGUCCAAGAGGGUACUAUUGCCCUGACCUCUCAUUGGUCCCUGAGCCUUGCCCAGCUGGUCACUUCUGUCCUUUAGGAUCUUUAGCGCCACGACCGUGUGUAGGAGGCACUUAUAACCCGCACAUUGAAGGCUCCAGCACAUCGUCAUGCCUCACAUGCCUACCAGGAUAUUUGUGUCCUGGUGAAGGGAAUGAAGAACUUGCAGUUGAGAAUCAAUGCCCUACUGGCCAUUACUGCCUAGAAGGAAGUCAGCAAGGAAUUCCGUGCCCACCUGGGACGUAUGGAGAUCUACCUGGACUAUCAAGCGAAGAUGGCUGCAAAGCUUGUCCAGGCAAGUGCCGACAAGAGCCCCUCCGUCUGGGAAAUUUUGUCCCGUGGAAGGUCUAUCCGAGCCUGGAGAUGUAUGCCCAGAAGGGCAUUACUGCCCAUCAGGAACGGCCGUCCCACGAAAGUGCUUACAAGGGACGUGGUGCCCUGAAGCAAGCGGAGAGCCGCAACAGUGCCCUCCUGGCGCCAUAUGCCCAGCCGGAUCAGCCAUUCCUCAGCAAUGUCCACAGGGCUCCUAUUGCCCUCAUGACCAAUCUUUCCCCGUCGCGUGCCCAGCUGGCUACAAAGGCUCUGAUGAUAGAUCUGACACAAGUUCACUAG